AGGAGUGGACGCGACGCGUGUGUAUAUGUACUUAUCCCACCUCCUCAUUAUUCUUCUUCUUCUUUACAUCGACGUUAGCGGGUGAAAACAGCAAUUCCUUUAGGGAAAAGAGAGACCAGAGUCGACAUCAAUCGGAGUAGAAUCGCCACUUUGAUAUUUCUUGGUCUUGCACAGUCUCGUGUACGCGCAGCACACACAAUCAAACGCACAAGCUGACACGUUGCUUGAAAGAAAAAGUGUUUUCAUGAUGUCCUCCGACACCAUUUCCGUCGACAGCGGCGAGACGCACAGCAGCCCCAUCGCCUCACCCGUUUCGCAGGACACGCCAACCUCACAUCGUUCGAUGCGGUCACGACUGGUACGCGUGGGCAGCGCGGACGACGGCGGCCACGCCCCGCCCGGCCUCGCACAGCGCCACUCGAGCAAUGGCAGCACCAUUGGCGGAGGCUCCUUCACGCAGGUGCCGCCGCAGGCGCAAUGCUCCUCACCGGUGCAUAGCAGCCCCUUAUCCGCCUCGUCGUCCGGCGGCAUGCCUUCGUCGCUGCUGGCACCAUCGCGCAACCUGGGCGAGCACAACGGGGUAGCUCCCCUCUUGCAGCAUCGCCAAGAGCAGCAGCGGCAUCAAAUCGACGAGAACGCGUUGGCGGGCGGAAAAGCCCCGCUGACGCCGACCAUACUGAUGGUGAGCGAUUUAAAGUUCACUCGUGAGCCGCACGGAACGGCGCCGACGUCGAACAAGCCCGUCUCGUUCUUCAAAGCCGCACACGGCGACCGCCGGCGUAAAUCACUGAGCACGCCGUCCUUUGUGAUGAGCGGCACCGUGGCUGCAAGUAGCAGUUACGGCUGUGGUGUGAACAGCCGUCCCGCGUCCCCGCUGCUCCCCGUAGGUGCCUCGGGCGGAACGGUGUUCGAUUUCUCCGCAACGCCACCUGGUGGCAACGCCACCGCAGCGACCGCAGCAGCAACACCAGCGCCCACAGCGGCGGGUAAGCACUUGAGUGACCCCGCAAAGCGACCCACCUCGCCGAAGCGAGCGACGACGACUGCGGCGUUGUUCCCCACGACCGAGUGGAUUCGCACCGCGCUGGCCAGCGGGGUCGGGUGUGGGAGUGGCAGCCCCGUCAGCGGGGAAGGCGAGAUGGCGCCAGGCGGUGACCCACGCGGCGGGCUUGCGCUACCGCCAAGUAAGAGGGACGACCUCGCAGAACCACCGGCCGCUGGCGCAGCUUCUUUGAUGAAUGGAACGGCUACACCGCCCCCACCUCGCGACGCCGCCAUGCGGCUUCACGAACAGCGCGUGGAGGCCGCCGUGCGCUCGCAAGACGAAAUGCGCGAGUUCGGCGUCAUUUUGCGGCGACUGGAGGAAGAAGGAGCGCAGGUGCUGCGGGAGCGGCGUCGACGACGGCACGGGCGCCGCUCGAAUCAAAGCGGCGGCUGCCUUGACGGUGGGUUUCGCCAGCGUGCCCAGAACGGGGCUGCCUCGACGGGUGGAGGUGGUCUGGGCGACACACAGCGCCAGUUGUCACUGAACAGCGACAGCGGAGCGCAGAGCAGCCAAGACGCCGGCGAUAACGCAUCGCAGGCCGCCUCCAAUUACACGGAUGCCGAUGAAGAGGAUGAGAUGACCGAGGAGGGCGUACGGGGCAGCAUGCAUCCAGAGCGCACGAUGCGGGAUCGCAUGCUAGGUGGAAAGGAGUCCUCCGCGAGGGCGGUCGCAGAGGUGCAGGGCGCGGAAAACAUGUCGCACGUGGCGCUCAUCAAGCUGCGCGACCGAUCGGCACGGGAGUGGGUACUGCUGCAGCGACGACGGCUGGAGCAGCGGCGUGGAGGCUCGACAGCGCUCCAGCGUCGCAUGCAGGCGAGUCAGGCGCGACUGCAAGCCGUCCGCACCCGCGGAGGCGGAGGGGGCACCGGCAACGUGGAAACUCAGCUGCAGCAGCUCUUGUGGGGCAACACAGCCCACCACGACGACGACGGCGACACCAACGUGGCGGUGACGGCGCACGAGGCCACGGAAAGGGAGACCUCCGCGUUCCCGCCCGGACCCCCGACAGGUGUGUCAGUGCCCCCUGCGACGGCGGGCUCACUUCCGAUUUCGUGGGGCGAGGAGAACGCGUCCUUUCCUGUCCAAGGCGGUGGCGGAGACGGAGGCGACGUUGCUGCGGAUGUGGCGGACGGGAAGGCGGGCGGCGAGAGGGCAGACGCUGAAGAGCGGAGUGGCCCUGACGCCACCAACUCGGUGGCUUCCCCAGAAGCGGGUGCGACCCACGAUGGGCACCUGGCACUCCACGAGGACGAUGCGUCCCUCGUUCCUGUUGAUGGGAGGGAUACGGACGGCGUACGCACUCCUGUCGAUCCGGCACGGGCACUUCAGCGGGAGCUCGACUCGGAGGCGUCUGCCGUCUCGUUGGGCUCUCCGUCAAGCACGCACCUGCAACGCGGCGAUGCGCCGGCCGUCGCUGCGGGUUCGGCCGACGUGCCCGCACCGGAUUCCACCACCACGACCACCGCUGUCGUCGCCACGGCCACGACGGCGGCGACGACAAACCCACUGCUGGAGGAAGUGCGGCUGCGCCGUGAGCUGCAGCGCCUGCUCUUUCACGCAAAUGAAUGCACGCUCUACGGGCUGGACAAGUGCCUGAACAGCAGGACCGCAGCGAAGCGAAGCGCACCGCAGCUGAAGCAUGACAGUCCUCGAACGGCGAGCAGCAGCCCGUCGAGGCGAUCCGCGGCGGAGGGGCGUAGCACGACGUGGGGCGCUGCGCCACACCACGCGUCGAAGAGUCAGCAGCCAUGCCAAUCAGAGUGGACACCGAGCACAGCGGACUAUCGCGGUCCGACCUUACCCCUUCCCCUUCACCGCACGUUUGGCACCUUCAGCAGCGGGGUUGCCGCGUCUUCGCUCCCUGGGAGUCGCAGACGCCCAGCGGGCAAGUCGCAUUCCUCCACCACUAUGACGCCACGCGCGGAGCCUGCGGAGACACCACGACUGAAUGAGACAAGCGCUGCGGCCCCCCACGGUGCCGAGAAGGGCGCCACUCUAUCCCUUCCGCCGCUCCACCCAUCCUCCUUCGAGCCCUCCUCACGCACUUCCGGGCGCCCCCCCAGUAAUUUUCAUCCCACCACCUCGUUGGAUAUGGAGCUGCACUCCGGCAAACGCAGCGCGUCCUCACUCCCCUCCAUGACCGCCUCCAAGCACGCGGCGAGCAGCGGUGCGACGGGGCAGAAGGUGAGCGCGCCGCCGCCGCCGACGCCGCUGCCGCCCCGACGCUUUGACAGCCUCAGCAAGCGAAAGCGGCGUCGGCACCCACCGCUGCCGGUCGUGCCCGGCGUCGGCGAGCACGCGGCGGCGCUGCUGCAGCACGAAAUACUCCUCACCCGCCGACACGAGAUGGAGGCGGAGUGGGGGAACGCACGGCAGGUGGACCGCGCCUGCGAGACGCUGCAGCAGCUAUUCCCGCUGCGGGAACACCUGCUAGAACAGGAAAUCCAUAAAGGCAAAGCCACCACGAGAAGUGCCGGUCAGCCGCCGCUGUUGCUGAUGCAACGUGGCACAAUGCAGGCGAUCCCUUCGACGGAGGUUACUGCGCUGACCGACGCAUCGGGUGGCACCCCGCCACGCGGCAGUGGCCCUCCUCUAAACUCAGACGCCGCGGUGGACCGUUCCUACCACCCACAGGCCAUCCUGCAGCGGCAUCGCCAGCUGCUGUACGACGAGGCGGUCCGCAUGGAGUCGAGCAGCCGAUACGCCGCGCGCACGGCGUACUUGGACGUGCUGAAGCAGCUCGCCCAGCGACUCGUGUCGUCCGUUUCGUGGCCCGUGGUUGAGCGCUUGCUCGCAGACGCGCGGGAACAGUUGCGGCCGGAGGCGGAGGCCACCACUCCUUCCGCCGACGGGUCCACGGGAAGCCUCCAUCGCGCACGCGCCUCCCCGGAUCGCUCGCUGGCAUCGCUCUCUCCACGUGACAAACUGCAGCAGCUCAUCGCGGCGCAUCUCGGCACGUUGGAGCUAUCCCAGUGGCCGGUGCAAGAGGUGCUGCAGCACCUUGCUGCCCUGUACCGUGUCCCGCUUUACGUGCUGCACGAGAGCAUCGCCGCGCAGCAGCGCCGCUUCGCGCACACCUACAACUACGAGGAACGCUUCCGUGCGGUGGACCGGGCACUGUUGGGCAGCGGCGCGGGUGCUGACUGCGUGCUGCGACUGACGUUGCAUCGCUGCCGCCGUCCACCGCUGGCCCCCACACGGGAAGGCACCACCGCCAGCAGUACCAGCGGCAAUGCCGCCAGUGGCCCAACCACGGCGACAGAGGCGAGGCCCGUGGCGGCUGCCGACCCGCGUGGAGAGGCACUUUACUUUAUUCGACUGCGGGUGGGUCUGCAGAGUGUGUCGUCGUCUGCCGUGCCGCUGAGCAGCACCGCUACGGGGCACGCCGCCGCCGGCUCGGUGUCUUUGUCUUCCCUCUCCGAUCGCGAUGGCACAGGCGCAGGUGGGACAGCGAUGCACGGGGCUGCACAACUCUCUGGCGGAGGCGCAGGCGGCGGCAUGCUGUCCGUCUCGUCCGCCACCUCCUCCGCUGGGAAGCUGCUUAGUUUCCUCGGUCAGACGCUCACAAUUUACCUCCCGUCUUUCGACGCGGCAGCCCGCAGGCGCCGGGCCGGGACUGGGGUGGCCGGGGGCACUCGGCCCUAUAAGAACCUCGCCUCGCAGGGCACCGGCGGCAGCGCUGUCGUCAACGCCAAUACGAAUAAUGAUACCGGCGGAGUCGGGGAGGAUGAGGGCGAACGGUGGGGGAUGACGGUGGAGUUGAUGCAGGUGGGCGUGGAGGCGCCGUUGGCCCGUGGGGUGGUGGACCUGGCCGCGAUGGGCUUCCACACGUACGCGGAGAAUGGCCGCAUUCACGCGCAGAGAGUGAAGAUUGCACUGCGGCGCAAAGGGUACCGUCCCGCGGAGCUGAAGGCCACCUUGGAGGUGACGGCGUAG